AUGGCAACGCACGCAUCAGGCCGAAUACCGGAGUUUAAUGGCUCAUCCUGGACAUCGUGGCUCGGACGCCUCCAGUUCUACUUCGAGGCCAACAGCAUCACAGACUCCAGCAAGAAGAGGGCACACCUGCUGACGCUGUGCGGUGAGCAGACGUACGACACCAAGCACUAUGACCCCAGGCCAGCCGAGGUCUUCAGCCGAGCCCGCUUCCAACGACGCAACCAGUUGGAGGGAGAAACGGUAAGCGCCUACGUCGCGGCGCUAAAGACGCUGGCAGCCGACUGCAACUUCGGAACGCUGCGCCAAACACAGGCAGCAGCAGCAGCAGCUACCGGACAGCAGACGACAACAACGCCACGGUCCAACGCAACGAUGCUACCCUUGGACAUUAUGUUGCGCGACAGGUUCGUGUGUGGACUACGGGACGAUCUCCUGCAACAAAGACUCUUUGCUGAGAGUGACCUAACGUUCACGAAAGCUUACGACAUCGCUGUUCGAGCGGAAAGUGCUAGCCAACAGCAGCGAGACAUACGAGGGACCAUCGAGCCGGUUCACCAUGCAGCGGCUCACAGAGGUCAUCACAACCAGGCAAGUGCAGGAAAACCGUCUAAACCACAACGCUGCUGGCGUUGCGAUGAGCAACACAGCCCCCAGACGUGCAAAUUCCAAGCAGCUAUGUGCAAUUUCUGCAACAAACGCGGUCACAUUGAGAAGGCCUGCAUCUCAAAGAAGAAGCUCGCGAAAGGGCCACCUCAACGACACAAAAGCGGGAACGCCCCGAGAUCGAUAACGCAAGUUGAAACUCAGCACAGCCUACCAGCACCAACAUCGCUGUACGACUUGCAUAAUGUCAACCUCGGCACGCAACCAAAGAUAAUGGUCACCCUUGCUGUGAACCGCCAGCCCAUCGAAUUUGAGGUUGACUCGGGAGCAGCUUGCACGCUCAUCAGCGAGGAGACGUACCGCAACACAUGGCCACGAAACGCUCCACCCCUUCUCAAUGAAGAUACGCACCUGAGAACAUGGUCAGGACAAGACCUGCCAAUUCUAGGCAGCGCCAACGUAGAGGUUGCUUACAACGGAACGUUGACCAAACUGCCUAUCGUGAUUGCGAAGGGCACUGGAUCCAGCCUUUUGGGCAGAAACUGGUUCCACGCUCUCAAUAUCGCGAUCUGCGGCAUCAACCAGGCAGCCGAAGGAAGCUCAACUGAGCGACAAGAGCUCGUCGAGCGGCUGCAGAAGAAGUACGGGACGGUCUUUUCUGAAGAAAUUUCAGGACACAAUGGGCCACCUGUUGACCUAGAGCUUCACCCAGAGGCCCGUCCGAAGUUUCUAAAGGCCAGAUCGAUACCGUUUGCUUUGCAACCUGCCUACGAGAAGGAGCUCGACAAGCUGGAACAACAGGGCAUUAUUGCACCCACACAGCACUCAGACUGGGCCACACCUCUGGUUGCAGUGAGGAAGAAGAACGGAAGCCUACGUCUCUGUGGGGACUACCGGUUCACAGUGAACUUGGCAACAAAAUCGUCUUCAUACCCUCUGCCAACACCACAGGAAGUGUUCAGCACGCUACGGCGCGGGAAAAUAUUCAGCACCCUGGACCUCACGCAGGCAUAUCAACAGCUGAAGGUGAGCGACGAAACUUCUGAGGUGCUCACGCUUAAUAGAACAAGAGGACUGUACAGGGUAAAGCGACUUCCAUUCGGGAUAGCGGCAGCCCCAGCCAUUUUUCAAAGGUACAUGGAAUCGCAGCUUCAAGAAAUUCCUGGUGUGUGCGUCUACUUAGACGAUGUAAUCAUCAGUGGCGCAACCAGCGAGGACCAUGAUACACGCCUAGAACUGGUACUGAAACGGCUCGCAAGUGAAAACCUACGCUUGAGCAUCGAUAAGUGCUGCUUCGCGGUAGCUGAAGUGAAAUUCUUAGGUCAUCUGAUCGAUGCCGAGGGCAUUCACCCCACCAGCGACAAGGUGCGCGCCAUCACGGAGGCACGCGCCCCAACGAGCAAGCAAGAGCUCCAAUUAUUCCUGGGUCUCCUAACGUUCUAUGACCGUUUCCUAGAACACCGAGCAACGGUGGUCAACGACCUCUACAACCUGUUGAAAAACGACGUCCCCUGGACUUGGUCGCCACGCCAUCAGGAAGCAUUUGAAGCCCUUAAGGAGCUGCUCCGUGACAGUGUGGUGCUUAGGCACUAUGACGAGACAAAGCCUUUGCUUCUGGCAUGUGAUGCUUCACCCUACGGCGUCGGUGCAGUGCUUUCACAAAUUGACGAUCAAGGCAGAGAAGCAGCGAUCGCCUUCGCUUCCCGCACGCUAUCACCUGCGGAACGCAAUUAUUCUCAGCUUGAUCGUGAGGGACUCGCCGUCGUCUAUGGUGCCACGCAUUUUCAUCAGUACAUCGCGGGCAGACAUGUGACUGUUCUCACGGAUCACAGACCACUUCUGGGUAUCCUGGGGCCCCAAAAGCAGAUUCCACAGACACUAUCGCCUCUCAUGAUCCGAUGGUGUAUUAAGAUGUCAGCUUAUGACUACGACCUUGUGUACCGUCCCGGAAACAAACACCAAAACGCCGACGCACUGAGCCGCUUACCCCUCAGUGAAACCAUUGAGGACCCGCCUCAGGUUGGCUGCGUGCUCAUGCUCGAAGCACUACCAAAGCCCCCACUAACAGCAGACGAAGUCGCAACGGCCAUGCAAGAUGACCCGACAUUGUCCAAGCUGUACAAAGCCCUACAGGCCGGCAGCGUUCAAAAGCUCAAGGAUGAAAAUUUCAACGCUUUUCGCAAGAGAGCAACGGAGUUGAGCUGUCAUCGUGGUUGCAUCACACUUGGAUCACGAGUUGUCAUUCCAGGCCCACUUCGACAACAAGCCACGGCUCUCAUUCAUGCCGGACACCGAGGCGUAGUCGCAAUGAAGAAGUGCGCCCGCAGCUACAUGUGGUGGCCGGGAAUCGACAAGGAUAUCGAGACACUAGCGGCAGAGUGCACAGCCUGCCAAUCCAAUCAACGCGCCCCGCCGCGAGCUCCAGUACCGGACUGA